AUGUCAACCACUACCUGCGUCCAGCUCGACGAGCUGCAAAAGAAGCCGACAAGCUUCCAUCGUUGUAUAUUCUCUGGGCCUUCUUUAAAUUCUACUGCUAUUAAAGAAGAAAAAACCAGUCUAGUUUCACAAACCGAGGACGCACGGCAAAGCGUACUAUUACUCAAGGGGGUCCGCGAACAAUACACCCUGGUGAACGAUCAUACUAUUCCCGCAAUCCUGAAUCCCGGGGAGAUUCUUGUGAAGGUCCUUGCAAUCGGGCUUAAUCCGAUUGACUGGAAAGCACCGGCAUUCAACUUUGGAAUUCCAAGUUUACCUUGGAUCAAUGGACGUGAUCUAGCGGGACUUGUGCUGCAAGUCCCUGGCGAGAAUUCACGCGUUCGCGUGGGUGAUAUUGUCCUUGUGCCCUCAACAGAUUAUCGAGACAUUCGGAAAGCCGCAUUCCAAGAAUAUGCAAUCGCGACCGACUUUAACGCAGCACGAAUUCCAUCGUCUACAUCAAUUCACGCCUCUGCCUCUCUUGGAGUGGCAUUUGUGGCCUCUGUCCUAGCUCUCGGCGUCUCAUUUGGACUAGACUUCUCCGUGCUUUCAAAAUCGCCUGGUCCUAAUCUACCUCAAAUUAUCAGUCAACUAGAUAGAAACGAUAUUCCAGCCGAUAUACAAGAUGAGUGCUUUGCGUCAGAAUCAGAGCGCCCACAGCGCGGUGAUUGGGUUGCAAUCUGGGGUGCCUCGACAACAACCGGACUGGUGACUUUGCAAUUAGCCAAGCUGGCCGGACUACGUGUGAUUUGCGUAGCAGAUGUUGCACGACACGGAGCCAAGCUGCUCGAAUCUGGCGCCGAUCUCCUCGUGGACCGACACGAUACCGAGCGCGCCGUGGAGAUUAUCCGCGGAGUCACUGGGGGUAAAUUGCGAUACGCCAUUGAUAUUGUUGGUAAGGAUACUGCGGCGCUGCUUGAGAAAACUCUCGAUCCUUCUGGGCAUUCGCAUUUGCUGGGGCUCACAGGGCUGCCCAAAGAACGCAACCCAGGGAUCCGUUACCACACCGUGCCCAUCAAGCUAUUCCAUACUGCACCUACAGUUGGCGAGAGCAUGGUUCGCUGGCUAGAAGACCUACUUGAGUCAAAAACCCUCACUCUUCCCGAGAUUGUUCGCGCCGAGGGGGGGCUGGAAGGAAUCAAUGCAGCAUUAGAUUUACUUCGAAGUGGAUCCGUUUCGGGGAAAAGAAUUGUAGUCGGGCUUGAUUCUUGA